GCACCAUAUCCGACAACGAACGCUUGCUAUACGGACAUCAAGCAUGGCAUUCUUUCCUACACGCUACCCCUACGUACAGAUCUUAGCGACAUACCGGGGCCGCCUAUGAGCCUGCUGCCCGCACCACCCACCACCAACUUACUACCCGGCUCGGACAAAUCUUCGCCCACGUCUGGCCAGAAGAAAAAACGUCGAGCGUACGUAAACGAAAGCGAAGAAGCCCGGGCCCGACGGUUAGCCCGCAACGCCGAAAGAAUGCGCCAGAAGCGUGCCAACGAAACGGAAGAAGAGUACCGCCAGCGGUUGGCAAAGAAUGCCGAAAGCAAUCGGCGAAAGCGUCAAAAUGAGACUGACCUGGAACGUACCAUCCGGCAUGCACGCAGUGCGGCCAGGGAGCGAUUAAGGCGGGCCAUGGAAACUCCCGAGCAGAGGGCUGUGCGGUUGGCGAAAUUGGCCGAAAGAAUGCGUAUUGCACGAGCGAACGAAACGCCCGAACAGCGAGCGAUCCGUUUGGCAAAGAAUGCGGCCAAAGCGAAAGAACGUUUGCUGAAGGAAUCGCCCGAACAGUGGAUCGAACGGAAGCGAAAGAAGGCGGAAUACGCACGGCGCAAACGGAGCGGCAAUCCGAGUUCGGCCGGCAGUAGCAGCAGUAAUGAUGCCGCCAUACACAGCAGCAAUCUUGCCUCGCCCGAGCUUUCCUUCAGUCAGGUAGGCAACAGCCAUGGUUACGUGCCGGACCUUGGCCAUGGGGUGCCACCGGACGUGAAGGACAUUAAGCUGAUAGCGUCACCCAAGCAAAACCACGUGCAUCAGCAACCGGAACAGAUCUACAGCACACCUCAUCUGCCAUUUAUGGAGCACGAGGUAAAAGCGUCCGAAUUUCUGCCGGGCGCCCACCACCCGGGCUCGGCCACGCUACAUCCGGACAUGUCCUGUCCAAACAAUCUGCUAAAGUUUCACGUGCUACCCUACUCACUUCCACCCGGUGCAGUACCAACAACGGCUGGUCCUGAUUUGCAGCUGACGGUCAAGUACAUAUACGAAAGUAUUUGUAUUCAUGUACAUCGAAAUUGUGCGGGCGUGCGAAUUAUUGGGUGCUUUAUUUUGAAAACACUUGCUCUUCUAGCGCUUCCACCAGUGUCUAGUUAUGUUAGAGGUGUAUCGUCUCGAAAUAUGAAUGGAUUUUUCCAAAUCAAUACAUUCUACAAUGAGUUUAAGCAAGAGGUCAACGCUGCUUAUGCCGCUGCACCUAUACAACAGCAAACCCAGCAGCAGCAGCAGCAGCAACAAUCGCAACGACAGCCUCCACAGCAACAACCACUUGCCGUAACCGACGGUAGCAGUAGCGUCACGUCCUCUCAGCAGCACGCGCUGAACCAAACCCCUAAGCAAACCAAUUUGUCCAAAAACCAGCACAGAUUUUUGCACGAAAGUGACGACGCCCGGGAGAAGCGCCUGGCCCGGAACGCGGAACGUAUGCGCCAGAAGCGGGCAAUGGAAACGGAGGAGCAAAGUCGCAAACGUAUGGCCGAAAACGCGGAACGCAUGCGACGAAAGCGAGCAGCCGAAUCGGAGGAAGAUUACCGAAUGAGAAUGGAGAGAAACGCGGCAUUCAAGAUGACCGACGAGUAUCGGCGUCGGCUGAUGGAAAAUGCGGAACGCAACAGACGAAGGCGCCAGAAUGAAACUGAACUGGAGCGCAGCAUACGGCGGGCACGGAGCGCCGCACGGGAACGUUUGCGCCGUGCGAUGGAAAGUCCCGAGCAGCGUGCAGUGCGUUUGGCUAAGCUGGCCGAACGGAUGCGUAUUACCCGGGAGCGACUGUGGACAACGAUUGAAACACCGGAACAGCGGGCAGAACGGUUGGCAAGACUGGCCGAACGGAUGCGUUACGCGCGGGCGAACGAAACACCAGAACAGCGUGCGACUCGGUUGGCAAAGAAUGCGGCCAGGGCACGCCAACGCUUCCUGAACGAAUCUCCCGAACAGUGGAUCGACCGGAAGCGAAAAAAGGCCGAAUACGCACGACAGAAACGGGCGGCAGCAGCUGCUUUAGGUGAGCCCAGUGGAAAUGGUACCUCUCGGCCCCCCGGUCCGUCGGGUCGAGCACCAUCCGGUACAUCCAUCGGUCAUGGAGCUAGCUUGCAGCAUCACACAGCAGUUGGUUUUCCGGGCCAUACACCUGCCACAUUGCCGGAAACUAUUCUACAUACGAGUGGGUCACAGCAACCUCCAAACAGUAGCACAAGCAGUGGAGCAACUUCUUCGUUCGCGCUGAAUGCAAAGGGAACUGGCAAGAGUUCGUCCAUAUCGACGAAACACGGAACGACAUCAUCAAGCGGAGCCUUGCAGUCCACACAACCAGAACAAAUCUACAGCACUCCGCAGGUUUUAUUUAGCGGUGGUGAUUUUAAACCACACGAACUACUGAACGGGCAACAUUUGGUGAUGCAGGCGGAUCCGAACUGUCCCAGCAAUCUAUACAAACUGCACAUACUGCCGUACCCGUUUCCUACAUCCACUGCAUCCGGUACGCCGCACAUGGAUCAAACGAGUGCGUACAAAAGCAAAACACACUACCAGCUAAUAAAUAUGAAUGGAUUCUUUCAGAUCAAUCCAUACUAUAAUGACAUUAAGCAGGAAAUCGUGGCCCCAUACGCAACAGCAGCAGCACCCGUCGUUGCAACCGCAACUUUACCGCAAGCAAUACCGAGCAUCCCUCCCCAGCAGCAGUCCGCAAACGGUGCUAGUGACGGGCUUCCCCUAGGCGUCAUCCAUCACUCACUGUCCAAAAGCCAGCGACGGUUUCUGCACGAGAGUCCGGAAGCCCGUGCCAAGCGUCUCGCUCGGAACGCGGAGCGAAUGCGCCAAAAGCGUGCGGCAGAAACGGCCGACGAGUAUCGCAAACGAAUGGCACAGAACGCAGAAAGGAUGCGAAAGAAGCGUGCCGCCGAAACGGAGGAAGAGUAUCGGAACAGGAUGCAGCGUAAUGCGGACAGCAAGUCAAGUGACGAGUAUCUGAUUCGGUUAGCGAAAAAUGCUGAACGGAACCGGUUGCGACGGCAAAACGAGACUGAUAUCGAGCGUAGCAUACGGCGGGCCCGUAGUGCGGCACGCGAGCGGUUACGUCGCGCAAUGGAAACACCCGAACAGCGAGCAGUAAGAUUGGCCAAACUGGCUGAACGGAUGCGAAUUUCGCGCGCCAACGAAACACCGGAACAACGCGCCCUGCGGUUAGCUAAAAAUGCGGCCAAAGCGAAGGAACGUCUGCUAAACGAAACACCGGAACAAUGGAUCGAGCGGAAGCGAAAAAAGGCGGAAUAUGCACGGCAGAAGCGCAGUGCCGCUGCGGUUGCCGCCAAACUGGGCCUAUCGGCAACCGGCAGCUCGCCCAACAGCAGUGUUAGCUCCACCAGCCUUAGCGUACCGUCCACGCCGGGCGAUACGGUAACGUUUACCCAUGCGCCAACCACAAAUCCGACGUACAAUCUGGAACCCAGCCAUGCGCUGUCGCAAACGUCGCUUGUUUCGCUGUCGACGACGAACCUGAAGGACAUCAAGCUAAUAACGGCACAGAAGCCCGGUCAAAUGUUGCAACUGCCGGAGCAACUGUACGCCACUAGUACGUCACACAUUCCCUUCAACGGGACCGACCUGAAACCGCCUGAAUUUUUAACCAGCAAUAAUAGUCAACCGGGCCCUCCUCACAUUAUGCAGCCGGAGUUGUACAAGUUCCACAUACUACCGUACACAUUCUCUCCCACGGCCGGUGCAGUGCACCCGACGCAAGCCGAUUACAAAGGAAAAUAG